AUGCCUCGUAGCCCAACGUCAAGUGAAGAUGAAAUGGCACAAAGCUUUUCCGACUAUUCUGUUGAAUCUGAAUCAGACAGCUCCAAAGAAGAAACUAUUUAUGACACAAUUAGAGCAACUGCAGAAAAGCCAAGCAGCAGAAUGGAAGACAGUCAGAGCAACACAUUAGUGAUUCGAAUUAUAAUACCUGAUUUGCAGCAAACGAAAUGCAUUAGAUUUAACCCAGAAGCUUCAGUGUGGGUUGCAAAGCAACGGAUUUUGUGCACUUUGAAUCAGAGUUUGAAAGAUGUCCUGAAUUAUGGACUGUUCCAGCCUGCAAGCAAUGGUAGAGAUGGGAAGUUUUUGGAUGAGGAACGACUUCUUAGGGAAUACCCACAGCCAGUGAAUAAAGGAGUUCCUUCACUUGAGUUUCGAUACAAGAAGAGAGUGUACAAACAGUUCAAUCUUGAUGAAAAACAGCUGGCCAAACUUCAUACGAAGGCUAAUUUGAGAAAAUUUAUGGAUCAUGUCCACCAUCUCUCAGUGGAAAAAAUCACAAAGAUGUUGGACCGAGGACUGGACCCAAACUAUCAUGACCUAGAAAGUGGAGAAACACCCCUAACUUUGGCAGUUCAGCUUGACAAUACAGUAGAAGUAAUAAAAGCUCUGAAAAAUGGAGGAGCACAUUUAGACUUCAGAGCCAAAGAUGGAAUGACAGCUCUGCACAAAGCAGCCAGAGCCAAGAACCAAGUAACCCUCAAGACUCUUUUAGAGCUUGGAGCAUCUCCUAACUACAAAGACAGCUGUGGCCUGACACCACUGUACCACACUGCUGUUGUGGGAGGCGAUCCUUACUGCUGUGAACUGUUACUUCACGAACACGCCACAGUCAGUUGCAAAGAUGAAAAUGGAUGGCAAGAAAUUCAUCAGGCUUGCCGAUACGGACAUGUCCAACAUCUAGAGCACCUCCUCUUCUACGGCGCUGAUAUGUGUGCGCAGAACGCCUCGGGAAACACAGCGCUGCACAUCUGUGCCCUGUACAACCAGGAGAGCUGUGCAAGGGUGCUGCUCUUCCGGGGAGCCAACAAGGAGAUUAAGAAUUACAACAGCCAGUCUCCAUUUCAGGUGGCUAUAAUAGCGGGAAAUUUUGAGCUUGCUGAAUAUAUCAAGAAUCACAGGGAAGCUGAUAUUGUGCCCUUUAGGGAGGCUCCCACCUAUUCAAACAGAAGGCGGAGACCCCCAAGCACCUUAGCAGCACCUCGGAUCUUGCUUCGUUCCAACAGCGACAACAAUCUGAACAUCAACAACCUCCCCGAGUGGUCAGCCUCCUCCUCUGCUUCUUCACACCGCAGCCUUUCACCUCAUCUGCUUCAACAGAUGCAGAAUAAUCCUAAUGGAACUGUAAAAACUGUGGGGAGUUACACUCCGUCCUCCCGGAGCCGGUCACCAUCUCUAAACAGGCUGGGAGAGGAUGCCAAACGGCAGCAGCACAGGCACAUCAGUGCCGUUUACAAUCCUAGUGCCAACAAGGAUACUCUGUCUGCCUUGGAUUAUCAGGGUCCAAAACGCAAGCUUUACAGUGCUGUACCUGGAAGACUUUUUAUUGUUGUAAAGCCAUAUCAACCUCAAGGAGAAGGGGAAAUUCAUCUGCACAAAGGAGAGAGAGUCAAAGUUUUAAGCAUUGGUGAAGGUGGAUUCUGGGAAGGCAGCACCCGGGGACAUAUUGGAUGGUUUCCUGCAGAAUGCGUUGAAGAAGUUCAGUGUAAACCAAAUGAAAGCAAACCAGGUAAUCAGAUCGUGUUCCUGUUGAAUCUUAACAAUGACCAAUGUGAAGUGUCUGACCAAGCCAAGAGGCAGCCUAGAUG